CAUGAGCACGGUCAUGGAGAUCCAGGAGCGGCACGAGGCAGUGAAGGAGGUGGAGAGGAACUUGAAGGAGCUUCACCAAGUGUUCAUGGACGUGGCAGUGCUGGUAGAGACACAGGGGGAGCAGCUGGAUGACAUCGAGAGCCAGGUGCAGAGGGCUCAUAGCGUGGUCCGCCAAGGGGCUCACCAGCUCCAGGAGGCCCGCACCAAACAGAAGAGCACCCGCAAGUGGACUUGCUACGCCAUCAUACUCCUCCUCAUCAUUAUCCUCAUCAUUGUUCUCUCCAUUCGACCAUGGAAAUAAUAAAUUAAUUCAAUACAUGCAAUUCAUUACUUAUACCUUAAUAAACUCUCAUUCAAAUUAAUUAAUUAAACCCCCUCCUCCAAUCCUCAACUUCAUUCACAUUUUUUAACAAACUGUUUAUUUAAUGUAUGCAUGUGGAUAUUGUAAUACCCCGUAUUUAUUAUUAGAGACUGUAUGUAUGUCCUGUGUACAUACAUUGUACAUACAUUUUUAUGUGACAUCCUUUAUUAUAUUCUUUUAAUAAAUUCUUUUGUACGGACUA